UCAGUCCUCAAUUUGCGUCACCUUGAGCGCAGAGCGCAAUGUUUCUGUGGUUUCUGUGUGUGAAUUUGUGAGAUCUGUGAGGUUCGGGUGGGGUUCCGUGUACAGUUUUGUAAAUAAUUGAUUGUACCAUUAUUGUGCCAGUGAUCAGUGGACGCAAAUUAAAAAAUAAUUGAUUGUUUCACUGUGCCUUGAAGACAUGGCUUGCUAAUCUUUAUCUACGAUAAAGAGUGACUGUGGACCAGCGGGGCUGCGCCGGCACCUGGUCUCCGUCGAGCCGUGACCGAGCCGCUGCCACUGCAGCCGCGGGUGCCCAGCCGGCGGCGCCGUCCGAUGGGCGUCAGUAGGCCGUCGCCGCGCCGCUCCCGCCGCCAGCCGGGCGCGUGACGCCGCCGCCGCCGCCGCCGCCCCCGCCCCGGCCGCCAACACGUCUCACUUCGGCAUCGCGGCGUCCCGCUACUUCGGCGGAGGGCCGGGCGCCGCGCCGCGAACCAUGCAGAAGACGGGCAAGGAGAAGACCCCGGCGGCCGAGGAGGGCGCCCGCCGCGCCGCCCGCCUGCCCUCCUCCAGCCGGGCCACUGUGCAGAGCACCGGCUCGCGCCAGUCCAGCUCCAGCUCUGGAGGCGUGCUGAUGGUCGGAUCCAACUUCAGGGUCGGCAAAAAGAUCGGCUGCGGCAACUUUGGCGAGCUGCGCCUGGGGAAGAACAUGUACAAUGGCGAACACGUCGCCAUCAAACUGGAACCGAUGAAGUCCAAGGCGCCGCAGCUGCACCUUGAGUACCGGUUUUACCGUCAGCUGGGCACUCACGAGGGCGUGCCUCGGGUGCACUAUUUCGGCCCGUGCGGACGCUACAACGCGCUCGUCAUGGAGCUACUGGGGCCCAGUCUGGAGGACCUCUUCGACCUCUGUGAUCGCAAGUUCACGUUGAAAACCGUGUUACUCAUAGCCAUUCAAUUGUUACAUAGGAUAGAGUUUGUGCACUCGAAGCACCUGAUUUACCGGGAUGUGAAACCGGAAAACUUCCUCAUAGGCCGCAGCUCGAACAAACGGGACAAGUGCAUCCACAUCAUAGAUUUCGGUUUAGCGAAGGAGUACAUAGACCCGGAGACUCACCGGCAUAUACCGUACCGGGAGAACAAGAGUCUGACGGGCACCGCGCGCUACAUGAGCAUCAACACCCACCUCGGAAAAGAGCAGAGUCGGCGAGACGACCUGGAGGCGCUGGGCCACAUGUUCAUGUACUUCCUGCGCGGCAGCCUGCCCUGGCAGGGUCUCCAGGCAGAGACACUCAAAGAGCGCUACCAGAAGAUCGGCGACACCAAGCGGGCCACGCCCGUCGAGGUGCUCUGCGAAAACUACCCAGAGGAGAUGGCUGCCUACCUGCGCUACGUGCGGCGGUUGGACUUUUUCGAGACGCCCGACUACGAUCACCUGAGGAAGCAGUUCCAGGACCUGUUCGACCGCAAGGGUUACGUGGACGAUGGCGAGUUCGAUUGGACGGGACGCACCAUGUCGACGCCGGUGGGCUCCCUCCAGACGGCUACCGAGGUGGUGGUGUCCCCGACUCGCGAGAGGCAUCCGGCCACCAACAAGGGUAGCAAAGCUCCGUCGGCCUGGCCGGAGGGGCAGCGGACCAUCAACACCACGCUGGGCAGCACGCUGACGCCGGCUGACCGGCACGGCUCCGUCCAGGUGAUGAGCUCUGCGAACGGCGAGCUGGGCCCGGACGACCCGACUGCCGGCCAGAGCAUCACACCCAUCACCGCCCAGCCAGACGUGGACGUCGUCGACGAGACCAAGUGCUGCUGCUUCUUCAAGCGGCGAAGAAAGAAGUCUCGCGGCCAGAAGUGACGUCUGCCGUGGUGCGAGCGGCGAGCGGGCGCCCGCGUGGGACUGCUGCCGGCCGACUCAGAGGACUGACUCUGAGUCGCUGCGGGUGACUCCUGAGUCUCUGUUAAUGACUCAGACGGUGGAGAGUCGCCCGGUGGCAGCGAGAGUCGUCCGCCGUCCCGGCACCGUCCGCGCCUCUCUCGAGUCCCGCCGCUCUACAGGCAGUACGCUGAGUCAGUCAGACCCAUAGCCGACUCCGAGUGGCCGUCCGCUCCGACUGCGGACCCGGCGGUGACCUGCGCGCCGCGCGGCGGCCGUGUGUACCUGACGGAUAGCUCGCCGGACGGACAGGUGGCGUCCCAGUAAAGCACCUGACCUCGCUGCGAUGGCCGCCGCGGACGGUCACAGACGGGUGCCGCGUGCGUCUCCCCGAGUGGAUGUUUUAGUGCGGCGCGGCGGUGGUCGUCGGGUGAUCGUUUGGAGGUGUCAGAGACGUUUUGGAGUCGGUGACAGGAGCUGGCGCGGACGCCGCGGUCAUGUUGGGCGGCUGGUAAUCUGAGCCGCGUGGACUGGUGUGAGAGCCGUGUUAGAGUCGCGGUGAGAGCCGGUGAGAGUCGUGGUGACAGCGACGGCCGGUCGGUGAGAGGCCAGGCAGCUGGGCAGGCGGGUCGCCGUACCGCCAGAGCUAACCGAGAGACAACACGAGCGGCAGAGAGCGUGUUUCGAGGACGGCGCAGUGUGUGUAGCCCGGGUCAGCUGCUGUGGACGGAUGGUAGUCCGGGCGGAUGACCUCUGACGUGUGUGAGUGGCGACCUUUGACCUCACUAUUGGCGGCGCGCAGCGGGCGGCCGCCGCGCCGACCUCCGGUAGAGAGAGCCUCGGUUCAGUUGAGAGCGGAGCGGCGCCCAGAGUCGCCCGCGUAUGUUACUGUUUGUUGCCCCUACUGUGGUGAGUGCCAUUGUAUUUGUACGUAUCCCCAGACACGACCGUGAUUUUAUUUAAUUAUGAAUAAAGUGCGUCAACGAUUUUAA